CCUAUGUCACCGAAACCUGACAAGAUUACCUGUCAUACAGAACACCUGAAACUGGCUGACGAACCCGCUCACAUUUGUUGUUGGAGUGAGCUACUUCACUACGAGUUGAAAGACUGUGGGAAUUAUUCCGAACGCAGUCUCAGAGAAAACCAAGCGUGGCGCUUUUAGCAAUUGUUUUCCUUUUUCUUUUGAUCGUUUUGGUUGAAGGCGUCACUCUGUUUGUUUUGGCAACUUCCGGAAACUCGGACAGCACUGGCAGGUUCAUAUACUUGCUCAAGGUCAAACAGCAGCCCAGUGGAUUUAGCGGCUUUACUCUUUACAUUCCAGUAUCUUAGACUGUAGACUACACUACAAUCAGAAUAACCUAAUGGAUUUGAACUAAAGAAAGAUCUAAUGAACCAUGAGCAUAGGAGGCAUUUUCUGAGGAUCAUUUGCUGUACUCUAGUAUGUCCACAAUGACUGAGGUCCAAGGUCCAGCUUUACAGACACCUGUUCAAAUUUGCCCAGACUGUGGCCAGAGCCACUUGGUCCCGGAAAAUCACCUCUAUGAUUACAAAGAAGAGGUAGACGAUGAACUUACCUGCCACAUCUGCUUGCAGCCCUUAUUGGACCCUUUAGACACCCCUUGUGGACACACAUACUGUUAUCAGUGCCUGGAGAACUUUCUGCAGGAACAGGACUUUUGCCCGGUGGACAGGCAGAAGCUACACUUGCAACAAUGUCGAAAGUCUAGCCUUCUGGUUCGGAAUCUGUUGGAUAAACUUUCUGUGGUAUGCCCUUUUACGAAGGACUGUGGGCAUGUGAUGCAGCGAUGUGAAUUGGGACCUCAUUUACAGAACAGAUGCCCAGGAUUUAGGAAAGUGCAUGAAGAAACUGAGAGGAAGAAAAAACCCCAGUGGCAUGAAGUAAAACAUCUAAAAUGUGAUCGGGAUCUAGUUUUGGAUGCUCCUUCUCUCCAGUCGUCCUCUGCACCUUUUUCUGGGACUUCUGCUGUAGGGCCUCUAAUUACAUCUGAUGCUGGGAUGGUCAAUCCGGCCUUUGAAGAAAGUGAAGAUGAUUUCCAUCACAGAUCAAGUCUGGUAGCUGAAACAAACACCAUUGAAAUUCAUCGAGAUAACCCAGAUGAAAUACUGGGACUACGUAUUGUGGGUGGAAAGGACACCCCUCUGGGAAACAUAGUCAUUCAGGAAGUUCUUAAGAAUUUUCUUGCUGCUCGCGAUGGAAGACUUGCUCCUGGUGAUCAUAUACUGGAGGUCAAUCAUGACAAUGUGACCAACGUGCUACACAGCCAUGCCAUUGAACUGCUUCGCCGGCCUUGUGCAGUACUGCAUCUCGUGGUGAUGCAAGAAAAAGGAUUUUCCAACCGCAUCACUCCAUCUGACCAGGGAAGAGUAAUUCAAGUCACCCUGCUCAAACGGGAUCGUUCUGAGCCCCUGGGGAUCAAGUUGAUCCGGAAGCCGGAUGAGUGUGGGAUUUUUGUCCUUGAUCUGCUGCCAGGGGGCUUGGCUGCUAAAGAUGGAAAACUUCAGAAUAAUGAUAAGGUGCUGGCCAUUAAUGGUCAAGAUCUAAGACAUGGGACCCCAGAGACUGCUGCACAGAUUAUUCAGUCCAGUGAAGCCAGAGUGAACUUUGUAGUGAUGAGACAAGAGGAUUCAACUUUGAGAGAGGAGAGGAAAGAUGGAAGUCAGAAUGGUGACCAGCCUAGCCGUGUCAACAGGAGAGAUGAGAUAACACACUACCACCGUCACCCUGCCUUGCAAAAGGAUCUACCAGGUUUCCCCUACAGUCAGCCAAAGGUGGUCAGUCUGAAAAAAGACCCUCGUAUGUCACUCGGAAUAACUAUAUCAGGGGGCCGUGAUGGCAAAAACCACCUUCCUAUAUACAUAACAAGCAUCCAGCCAGUUGGUUGUCUGUAUCGGGAUGGAAGGAUCAAACCAGGGAAUAUUCUGCUAAGUGUUAAUGGAGUGGAUCUCACACAAAUGACCUACAGUGAAGCAGUCUCUGCUCUCAAAGCCAAUGCUGCUCACUCCAACAUUCAGUUAAAGGUGUUGGGAACCUUGUCUGAAAAACCCGAGGGGGAGUUUGCUGAUGACCUAGGUGAAGGCGGAAGGGAGGUUGAAAGUUCCUUUUCACACUUGUGGUCCAUGUGGCUUAACUUGCCCAGCGCUCUUCACUGGUGCCACGAUAUUGCCUUGCACAAGACCAACAAUGAGAGCUGGGGCUUCAGUAUCGUUGGAGGCUUUCAGGAAAGUCAAGGUCAGCAACCCUUCUUCAUCAAGACCAUCGUUCCUGGAACUCCAGCUCAUUAUGAUGGCCGCCUCAAGUGCGGCGAUGAGAUUGUGGCAGUGAACGGCGUGAGCACUGCUGACAUGAACAAUUCGUCUCUCAUUCCUAUGCUGAAGUUACAGAAGAACAAAGUCACUGUGACGGUGGUUUCCUGGCCCGGAAGCCUGGUUUAGCGGCCUUCACACUUUUGCUGUACACUUUGCCUUACGAUGCUGUCGCAUUUUGAAAAGCAAAAGCAGCAGCUGACACCUGUCUGUUUUGUUUUGGACUGACUUCACAGUUGCACAUUAGGAUCCCUUAGCAAGAAGAGUUUUAUACCACCUUUCUGUAGUGGCAUGGGAUGAUUUUUGCCCUUAAAAAAACAAAUUGGUAGGAAGGUAAGCCCCAGUGACCCAACUGCCUUAAAAUAUUCCUUUCAGAAUUUCCACUGCGGCCUGCUUGACAUUUUUCUUUUCCAGCUUUGUUUAUUCUGCUCAGUCUGUUCCUCUUCAUGCUCUGCUUGUCUCUACUUAACACCACUAAAGUGCCCUUUGGAUUUUAGACGGCCGCUAUUGACAAACAGCGGUUCAGGUACAUGACUUGACGGUAGUGGAAAUUUUAUACUUGGCAUGACGAUUAAAAACUUGAAGGCCAAAAUGCAUUUGUAACUUUGAAUGUAAUGCCACUUUGUGACUGGUGACAUUCGGUGACACUACGAUUUGAUAAUCAAGUCUGUUAAGCUUUGCACGCUUGUAGAUGACAUGCAAGGCUUUAACUUUGACCCCACAGGACAGGCUGAAGCAGUUGAAGAUGAUGCACUGAAUGUGUAGCUGUGUCCAGACACAGCUUUUAAUCUGACACUUUCCCUACAGAUAAGGACGUCCCGUAGCCGCACGUGCGGACUCUUCAUAGGUUGCUUAACGAAGUUGGGAAUCUGCACUUGGUACUGUCUGCUGUUUGCACGUAUCGGGGAAAACGCUGCUGAAAUGUGCUCUCUGUCUCCCUGUUUCUAACUUUCUUGGCCUUGUCAAAAGAAGUCUUUUAUGUUUUUAUUGUAUUUAUAGCCAAGGUAACUUAUUGAUCAUAAACUCCGAGUAACAGCCAGAUUUCAGUCCAAGUUGAGCAUCUUGCUUGAUUAAGAACUUGAUAACACUGCUUAUUGCUAGCGCCUUUUAACUUAAAUGAUUUGACUUUGCUCAAAAUUAAAUCUUAAGAAAUGUGUUAACCUCCGUUUUAAUGACUUCAAAUCAGUAGGCUUUAGGGUUUUUUUUUGUUUUUUUUUUUAAAUCAUUUGUUCAUAGAUAAAAAUGUAGUUUGCCUGUCAUUAGACACACUUGUAAGAAUUAUGUUUAGAAGUGUUUGCUCUUGGUAAUAAUAAGCAAACAGUGUGGAGGUUGGUAGUGGCGUCUGGCGGUGAACACCCGGCCGCGGCGCUCCAUCAGCGGAGAGGCCGAGACGACUGGUGAAAGUCACACUUCUGAGAAGCUGGCUAUGAAAAUGGGGGCUUGUUAUUAUAACAUUGGAGAAAAUAAUGUGUCAAAAAAACAAAAAGGAUCCCUAAGGAAAACGUUAUGCAGUAUGCAUUAAAACAAAACAACCUUAUUUGUUGCAAUGUUUUACUAGACAGGUUUUACAUGAAGGGUCGUAUUAGCUGAUGAGGUCUUUUCCAUAUGUUGCUGGUCUUUUAAACCAUAAAAAUAAAAGGAAAUUUUAAAACCA